AUGGCAACAGGAAAUGAAUCAAAUUUAUGUUCAGUCUGCAAUAAACCUCCAGCGAAAUCCUUUUGCACUGGAUGUAAGAAAUACUUUUGUCGGAAGGAUUUCAAAGAACACGAACAACAAUUAUCAAUAAAAUUUGAUGAUGAAAUAGUGAGAUCACAUGAUGAAAUUUUUGAUCAAAUUCAAAAAUUGGAAAAAUCAAAUCAUUCAUCAUUGAAUCUUUUCAAUCAAAUUGAACUAUGGAAAAAAACAACAAUCAGCAAAGUCGAACAAGCAGCUGAGAAAGCUCAUGAUGAACUUAUGGAAUUAAUCGACAAAGAAAGAAUAAAAAUAAUAAAACAAAUAGAGCCAAUUACAAGAGAAAUUCGUUGUCUUCGAGAAGAAGAAAAUUUUGUUGAGGAUGAUAUUGAUCGACUUAAACAAAAAAUCAACGAAAUACAACAAAAUCUUGAAAAAUUUAUUGGAAAAGAUACAACUAAAACCAUCAUUAUUGACAAUAAUGAAAUUGAUUGGAAUAGACUCAUCUACAUUCGAGAAGAACAACUAAUUAACUCAUCACUAAGCAAUUUAAAUCUCAAUGUCGAUGCAAAAUGGAUACAGAAUGGUAUUACUGUCGCUAGAGAAAAUGAAGGCGGCCGUACAACAAAUGUGCUGGGCUAUCCAAAUGGUCUGUGUAUUGAUGAUGACCAAACUAUCUAUGUUACUGACAGCCACAAUCAUCAUAUUGUGGAAUGGAAAUGUGGUGCGACAAAUGGUCGAGUCAUGGUCAGUAACAAUCAACAAGGAGACCGUGCUGAUCCACUGAAUCACCCGACAGAUUUAAUCAUAGAUAUAAAGACAGAUAGUCUCAUCAUUUGUGAUUAUAAAAAUAAAAGAGUAGUUCGAUGGCCUCGUCGAAAUGGUUCAAGUGGAGAAGCGAUCAUCCGAAAUGUUGGAUGUUAUGGUUUGACAAUGGAUGAUGAUGGAUUUCUCUAUGUUGUUGAUCAGGAUAAGCAUGAAGUCAAACAAUAUCGAAUGGAAAAAAGUCAAGGAAUAGUGGUUGCAGGUGGCAAUGGACAAGGAAAUCGUCUUGAUCAGUUGAGUAACCCGAGAUACGUAUCUGUCGAUCAAGAUCAUGCAGUUUAUAUAUCAGACAGUGGUAAUCAUCGUGUGAUGAAAUGGAUGAAAGGUGCGGGAAAAGGCAUUACUGUAGCCGGUGGUCAAGAUCAAGGAAAUAGUCUUACACAAUUAUCAAAUCCUGCCGGCAUUGCCGUGGAUCAAUCGGGUAGUGUUUAUGUGGCUGACUGUUCGAAUCAUCGCAUAAUACGUUGGUCUCAAGGAGCAACACAAGGAAGUGUCGUGGUUGGUGGAAAUGGUCAAGGAAGUCACUGGAAUCAACUCUCCGACCCUGUCGAUUUGUGUUUUGAUCGAGAGGGCAAUCUCUAUGUGAGUGAUAGUGGAAAUCAACGGGUACAAAAGUUCAAAAUUGAUCGAAGCUGGCGACUUUUUGAAAAUUGA